UCAGGCGGUGCACAGCGCUUCCUACUCGGGCUGGACCAGCCCGGAGCCGCCGACUGCGCGUGCCCGUGACGGGGAGGGGCGGGGCCUAGAGCAGAUCCGACACUCCGGGUGGGGUCCAAACUAGCACACUGGAACGCGGGCUCGACCCGGAUGGGGAGACCCGGGGGCCGUCCGGCCCGGCGGGUCGCCUUUUGGUGCUCUCUUUAGAAGAUGGAGGUGCCCAUUCCUAUGAGGCACACCACUCCUGUCGCUGGCAGGGUCUAGGAGUCAGGGUCCCUGUGUUCUACCCCUCAAUUGUGUGGACGUCGCGUGACCUAGGCCCCCUUUUUUACCUGGGCCUCAGGUUCCCCAUCCGUAAUACAGAGGAGGGCUGGAUCUGCCAAGCGCUAGUAUUCCAGAACUUACAGAACUUACGUGGGGUGCGGAAGAGGGGGAGAAGGGGACCUACACGUGACCUCCCCUCGCGGGGCCCCGCCUAUCCCUGGUCCAGGGGCUGGAAGCGCCCAGCAAGGCCGGGCGGGGGUGGGCGGAUCCUAAGAAACGCGACCCAGCCGCCCUUGGCAGCGGCUAAGGCGGAGCGCGGCUCGGCGGCCGGCCAGCCCUGGCAUCGGCACCAGAGGAGCAUGGGGACCUCAAACCGGGCCUCGCACGGGACUACCGUGGAGGCGAGGGCCCUGCAGAGACUCGGCGUGUGACGUGGAGCGCCUCUGGGGAGGAUGGACGAGGGGACGGGAGACAGCUAACGGAGCUUCCUCUCUGCUCCCGGUCUGCGGAGGCGCACGUCGCGGGUCCCGAGCGGGCUCCGUCGACAGCAGCGGCAGCGCCGACCUAGUCUCGGGCCAUGAGGAGCGCUCGGACCGCCCAGCCAGGGGCUGUCGUCGGGUCUGGCCGCGUCCUGCCGCGCUGAGGGCGUGAGGCCGAGAGGGGCGCAGGACGCCGGGCUGCGGCGGAGCGCACCGCCAUGGCGAGGGAGGAGUGCAAGGCGCUGCUGGACGCGCUCAACAAGGCGACAGCAUGCUACCACCACCUGGUGCUGACCGUCGGCAGCUCGGCGGAUUCGCAGAACCUGCGGGAGGAGCUGCAGAAGACGCGCCAGAAGGCGCAGGAGCUGGCGGUGGCCGCCCGCGCCCAGCUGACGGCCGCGCUGCGCGACCGGGGCCUGGGCGCCGAGGAGCGCGCCGAGUUCGAGCGCCUUUGGGUGGCCUUCUCCGGCUGCCUGGAUCUUCUGGAAGCCGACAUGCGGCGUGCGCUGGCGCUGGGCACGGCGUUCCCGCUGCACGCGCCGCGGCGGCCGCUUGUGCACACGGGCGUGACGGGCGGUGCGGCGGGCAUAGCGGCGCGCGCCCUGAGCGUCCGCAGCCUGCGGCACGAGGCAGAGCGCGACUUCGACGUGAACGACCUGCGCGAGCUGGAGCGGGAGGUCCUUCAGGUGGGCGAGAUGAUCCACGACAUGGAGAUGAAGGUCAACGUACCCCGCUGGACGGUGCAGGCGCGGCAGGCAGCGGGCGCCGAGCUCCUAUCCGGCGCCGGCGCCUCUUCGUUGGGCGGCGUCUCCACAGAAGGGCGCAGGAGGCCCUGCGAUCUGAGCAAGGCUCUGGCCGCCGCGGUUUUCAGCGCUGUGCUGCUGGUGGCUGUGGCCCUAGCUGUGUGCGUGGCGAAGCUGAGCUGACCGAGACCCGACGGCUCACCAGAGCCACCACCUCCUCCCCAGGGGCACCCCUCCAGGAAAGACCGCAACCGGGAUGGAAAGGGGAUCUGGCAUGUUUAAGGGAAGCGGUUCUAAAACCCUAUGUGUGUACGUCUACACGCGUGUUUCAAGCACACAUCUCCUUGGGGAGAACAUGGUUUCCUCUUGCUGGCCGGAGAGGAGUUAAUUUUUUGCGGGCCGCCGAGGCAUUACCGCUAAUGUAUGCAAGAGCUUUAUCCCCUAUUAAUAGAAAACCGGCCACAGUGACCCCAGAUUCCUCCGAGUUAAUGGGUUACCGCAUGUGCUGCUGGGGCGUUUCUUAGACAGGAAACAAAUUGCAAUAAGAUGUAAGCAGUUUUUAUUACCUUAAUCCUUUGGGGCCUAAGUUUAGGAGAGUAUGCAAAUAGAAGUUCAUCAAAGUGCUUUCUCUAUGGCGCGUGAUUGCGCUUUUUGGUGGAUUUUAUCCGUUAGUCACCAAAAGCGGCUAGAAGAGGUUUGGGGUCACGAUCUCCCGCGCAGGGUCUGACUCUGCCUAGGAAACCAGAGAAGGGCUGGUGAACCUGCCCUCACGGGCUUGGAUCCACUGCACACUUUUGCGCAUUGAAAUGGAGGGGUGCAAGCUUUGGAAAGAGCUACAUGCUGUUUAAACAGGCACUUUCUCCUCCUCUGGGGCUUAUUUUUGUUCCAGAACUAGAGCAGUUUUUGAUCCUCCGUUGGGGGAGGGCUGGGGAAUCCUCUUUGGUGUCCUUAAUCCUGUCUAUCCCUUGGAAUUUGCUUGCUGGCCAGUAGGAGAGCCGGCUUUGGAAGGGAGCUGCACAGCUCCCUGACCCCAACACCGCCUCCUGAGACGGUGAAGUGGCAUCACUGGCCACAGAGGUUCUGAGCCAAUUAGCCCCGAGACUGGGUUAGAAUGUAACAGCUUUAACUUGGGAUUUCAGAAGCUUUUUAAAAACAAUCAUUUGAAAGAAAAAAUCACGUAACCACAUUGUGUACUCUCAAAGCUGGUUUUUUAUGAAGGACAUUUGGUCACGAAUUCAUACUUGCCAAUAAGUCAAACAUAGAAGUCUUUACUUAUAUACUUAUGUUACUAAAUAUACAUCUGCAUCUAUUUUUAAAAUCGAUCUUCUGGAAGGCAGGAGGUCAUGGCAUAACCUACUGGAACCACAGGUGUAAAUGACAGAAGUUAAGCGGCCGAUGCUUCUUUUGGUCACUAAAUAAGGAAAUGGGUCCAGGCUGGAAUUUACCAGAGAGGAGCCACCGGCUCCCACCUGUGGUCCUAAGAGAGAAUCAUUGGGGAAGUAAGGCUGAGAAAACAAAUGCAUUUAACUCUAAAGAGAAUCUGAAAUAAAAUCCAGAGACUUUGGUUUGGUUAAAAACUGACGAGGAUUUUUUUCUUUCUUUUUUACCCCCGAAGUGAGAAAGGGGACCAGGAGGAGGGACCUGGCAGUUUUUCACAAGGGCAAGUUGGAGGGCCAAGGGGCAGAGACAAAUAGCAGCAGGAGUGCUCAACCAGUCCUGAGGGCCCCACUCCCAGCCCAGCCCACUCCACUCCUCCUCGGCGCACAGACUCCAGUACCUGUAACAGUGGAAAGGUGGGAUCUGUUUGUUUGUGUCUGUGAUCAUGGCUUUAAAGAGAGCCACAAGGUCAAAAAUUUUACAACGAUAACUAAUAAAAAGAAUUCCUUCUGCCUCAUUCAGUCUGGGUGAAUCUGAAUAGGGGCCAUGUCAAAUUCUUUUGCACCUGCUGGCCCAGGGUAACUUCAGAGAUGAUAUGGAAAGUUUUCUGACUCCUGUCUUCCUCCUCCCACACACAGCACAACAUGGCAUCUCUGUCUCCUUCCCCAAAGUCUCAUCUCUCUCAGGUGAGAGGAAGCUGAGGCGUAUGGUGACCCAGUUUGGAAAAUAUCACUGAAAACCAAGCCCUAAAUAUAUUCUGUUUCUAAGACCAUGA